AUGCGCAAUCUGUGGCUGUUGCAAGCGUCCGACUUCGCCUUAAAUGAGCCGUCCAUGGCUCGCAAACGCUUUCUGCCGUCUCGCUCAAUGUCCGGAGCAUUGACACCAUACGUCGAAGCUGUUGUGUUGGCUUCUAGCCGGCGGUGGGAUAUGGGACGCGGCAGUUUGGGAGAGCAAGCCUCUCUUGGCUUAUGUAAUGUGAUUGAGCCUGCAGACGGCGUUGUACUGCGAGUAGGCCGUUGGGCUGGUGGUGAGCUUCCUCUUACUGUUCUGUAUCUCUUGGUCGGAAAGGGGGAUACCGCCUCGUCCUACCGCUCGGCCUACGCCAAGGAUGGCAGCGGGAACAAGAGGUCGCGGCGAUCAAGCCCACAGAAGCAGACAAUGUUGAUGGUCAUGGAGAACGCCAUCGAAGCAAUGAGCUUUAGGGGUCUUGUUAAUCCUCCACUAUCGCUUCAUACCUUUGCCUCUCUUGUUGAGGACCUAGCUAAGAUUCACUUAGACUACAGCAGGGGUGUCGACUUUUAUAUCUUCUUCAAAAACGACAACCUUCAUCUCGCCCUAGUCGCGUUGCAGUCGCCCUUCAAGCCUAUCAACCAGACCAACUAUCCUGCGCUCUUUGCACGACCUAUUGCCUUCUCCAUUGAGACUAGGAUUUCUGGAGACAGGUGGGCUGAGGCAGUGACCUAG